AUGGAGGAGUCUGGCAAGAAAGUCAUUCUUAUUACCGGUGCCACUUCCGGCAUUGGUUUGGAGACGGCACGCAUGCUGGGUCGGCAAGGAUGGCGUGUAAUCCUUUCAGGGCGCCGCGAUGAGGACGGCGAGAUGCAAGCCCGGGAGAUUACAGCCGCGGGUGGAGAGGCCAUCUACAUCCAUGGCGAUGUGGCAGACGAAGAGUCUGUCAAGGAGCUUCACGAAAAGGCCAUUGCAGCCUGGGGCCGCCUCGAUGCCGCGGUCAACAAUGCUGGCAUCUCCAAUGAUGCUGCUUUGUUUGCUGAUCUGAAGACGGAGAACUUCCGCCAAAUGCUGGAGCUCAAUGUCAUGGGCGUCUUUUGGUCGAUGCAGCACCAGCUGAGGCAUAUGGAAUCCCGAGGCUUCGGGCGCAUCAUCAACUUGGCUUCCAUUGCCGGGCGGCGCGGAAUCCUCUACCAGGGGUCAUAUGUCGCCACUAAGCAUGCAGUCAUUGGAAUGACUGAAACAGCCGCAAUCGAGUAUGCCACCAAGGGUAUUACAGUCAACGCCAUUGCUCCGGGUGCUAUUAAGACAAAGAUCCUCAACGACGCGAUCAAGGCGGGCAAGUACGACGAGGAGAGCAUCGCUGCCAUGUUCCCUGAGAAGCGCAUGGGAGAUCCCGAGGAUAUCGCUCGAACUGUGAGCUACAUCCUGGAGUCUCCUUACAUGACGGGUUCGGUCAUCGGAGUGGACGGCGGAUUCUGCGCGUAG